AAUGCCAAGGGGAUGGCUGAAGCUGCAGAAAAAAUCGAGGCAAAGAUGCUGUCCAUGCAAAACUGCUGAGGAAUUGUUAGCAAGCUCACAUGGCUCACAGUGUGGAUUUUGUACUCCUGGAUUUGUCAUGUCCAUGUAUGCUUUACUAAGGUCUAGUCAAACUCCUCCAACUGAGCAGCAAAUUGAAGAAAGUCUGGCAGGGAACUUGUGUCGCUGCACAGGUUAUAGGCAAUUAUCGAUGCCUUUAGAGUUUUUGCUGAAACUGAUGACAUGAUAUACACAUUUGGUAACUCGGCAAGCCAACGAGUUUAUUUGUCCUUCAACUGGUAAACCCUGCUCAUGUGGACAAAAGUCUGAUGGGAACACUGGCGAUAUGAAGGAAAGCGGGGCUUGUAGUGAAAGGUACAAACAUCUUUCUUACAGUGAUGUUGAUGGUAGCAAAUACAAUGACCGAGAGCUUAUUUUUCCUCCUGAACUAUUGCUAAGGAGAUCUUUUUUGAGUUUGAGUGGAUUUAAUGGACUUAAGUGGUACAGACUGUAAAAGAUGCCUUGAAUUGUUGUGCUUAGAUGAUGUUCGUCGAAAUGCACAAGAGAAAAGUUGUGAGGGCGCAGGCUCGAAAACCCGCGGGCGCGGGCUCGAUCCCGCGGGCGAAAGA